CAAUCAAAACAAUAACAGUUAAUUAUGUAUGACUAAAUAGCAGAAUGAUAAGUAAAUACAUGCAAUAAAUAAGGUAAGCUAUGUCAACCCUAGGCUAUAAAUGACACUCAUGUCUUCUUUAUGUGCUCAUGUCUUCUUUAUAUGCAUCUCCAGUUAGACGGACAGACCAAAACAUAUCACUAGUGCUCUUACAAUCUGUUGAUUUCAGAGUUAUAUAAACAUGAUUUACUGAGAAUGAUUUAAUACACGUUUGGAUGGGGGAGAAAACCACUGAGACCAGAAUGGAGCUUGCUACCUGAAAAAGCCAUGCUAUCAAUGGCAACCUACGGCUAAAAACAACAGCAACACCGAUUGGAUCAUCGAUCGGCUCUCUCAUUGGCUGGCUCGUCUGUCAGUCAGGUACUGCAGUCUGUGGUUCGUUUAAACCCAUCACUCUACGCACAGGCGACUAAUCUUCGUUGAGGGUAAGCUUUAGGAUUGUGUCGCAGCGUCUCCCCCCCCCUGAGGCGCCGACAGGGCAUCUAUUGGAAUACAAGUUCCCGUUGGAAAGAAGCUCCAUCUUCGUCCCCUUCUUACCCAGGGGCGACCGCACGGAGCAUCGAAACGUGUAAAUGGAGUUUCAAGCGUGGUCGUGACUGUCCUUCGCCGCCUCUCAUCCAGCAGAAGACUGCGUUGAAGUUGCAGCAGCAUCCUUACCACCGCGGCUCUCUCCUCUGCAGUCAUGGGCACCGUCCUCUCCAUAUCCCCGGCGUCGAAGAGGGCGUCGAUUAUGGACGCAGGAGAAAGCGCAGGAGAUGGAUUCAAACCCGAUAAGAGCCUCAAGCGGCACUCGAUGUUCGUCGCUCUCUCCUGGAAGAAGCUGGUGGCCAGCUCGGCCAAGAAGAGUGCCAAGAAAGUGACCCCUAACCCGAUGCCCACGCGUGAUCUCCCGUACACCCAGAUCUCACAGCUCAACAGCGUGAACAACAGGAAAACGCAUCAGAAUGAGGAGAAGAAACCCAAAGCGCCGAUCCCUGUCCCGGUGCCCACAGUGCCCACGGUGCCCACAGUACCCAAGCAUAGCAACGAGAUAGUCGUUCAAAACGGGAGGCUUUCCUCGGUGCAGAAGCAACCCAGCAGCCAGUCUCUGGCGUCACCGAGGCGGGUUAUUAUUCAGGCUUCAACCGGGGAGCUACUGCGCUGUUUGGGGAACUUCAUGUGCCGCAGGUGUUUUAAACUGAAAGAGUUAAACAGCGGGGAGGUGAUCCUGUGGUUCCGGAACAUUGACCGGACUCUCUUGCUCCAGGGCUGGCAGGAUCAAGGCUUUAUCACGCCGGCUAACCUUGUGUUCGUUUACCUGUUGUGCGAAGACACGAUAGAGGACAGCAUCGCCAGCGCGGCCGAGCUGCAGGGCACCUUUCAGACUUGCCUUUACCUCGCCUACUCCUACAUGGGCAACGAGAUCUCCUACCCACUCAAGCCGUUCAUGAUCGAGGCGAACAAGGACGUUUUCUGGGAGAACGCGCUCCGGAUCAUCAGCAGGCUGAGUGCCAAAAUGCUGCAGCUCAAUGCAGACCCGCACUUUUUCACCGAGGUCUUCCAGGACCUCAAAAACCAGCGAGAAAGCAGCGAGUCAAACCUGGACCGCUGACAUUGAAACAAAGAAGACACUGGUGUUUUAUAAAAUAAGAUGACCACAUAAGGGUGGUUUUGAAUGUAAAGGCCAGCGUUAAGGCUUCACAUGUCUGGGCUGAUUCUCUCUCUCUCUCUCUCUCUCUCUCAUGAUAUAACUAAAGUGUGGUGUUUAGGCUACAAGUAUGAGAUUUCAUAAAUGCAUGCAAAUGGUGUAUCGUCCUCUUUUGUCUCGUCCCCCGAGUGGCAGAGGGAUUUCAUUCAUGAUUAGCCCAGUUUGUGGGUCAGUGAGAGGAUGUCGCAGUGAAGUGAGCUUCCAGGCAGGAUCAGAAUAGAUGCUCUUGUGUGUGUGUGUUUGUGUAUGUGCGUUUGCUCAAAAGGAGAGGUGGAGCUGUCCGAGGUGCUGACCUGUGCAGCCAUUUCCUCUACCUUCACUGCUAUGCGAGUCACUUCGCCACAACAGAGUCAAGCAUGGCUUAAGAGGACAGAAAUAAGCCCAGUACACUUUCAGGACAUAAGCCUAAGCCUCCUACAGGUACAGGUUCACGUUCACGCUAAAGGCCUUUAUUGUGCUUUUAAGUUCUUUGCAUGUCAGUAAACAUGCAACAGAUAUCAAGAAACAUGGUUCUUUAUGAGGGCAAUACAUUCUCCAUGGUAUACAUGUAGGUACUUUAGGAUUACUGUAGAUCAAAAUGGGUAUAUUUCAUGCUGUAUCUUUGCACCUGGUUGGAAGAUUCUGUUUUUUGAGAUUCUUUGUGUAAUGACAACUGCACAUUUAUUCACAAAAAAAACACCUCAUCAUGAAUUGAAAAAAGUUAUUUUUUUGCUUGCAAACAUGAUUUCGCGGAGGCACGUUACCUGUAGGUUGGCAAUUGAAUGAAAAGGUAGGGAGCAGAAAUGCAAAUUUCCCCCUGGAAUGUGAUAAUCUGCACUAAAUGCAAUCUAAGGCCUCGGUUGUUUCUAGACUGCAAACACAUUGCAGUGGCCAUCAUAACUAGAGACUAAAUGGAAUGUAGAAGGUUUUUUUGUUAUGUAAUAUGUGCCAACUAUUAAAUACUUUUGGCCUGGAAAUGUAUGGUUUACAUGUAAGUAUUUCAAAUUUUAAAUAAGCUCUUGAUCUUGUUUGCCUGUUUCUUGGAGAUGGCUGUAGUUCAUGCACAACACAAAACAGAUGUUUUGAUGAUGGUUUUUUUUGUUUUGUUUACCCUGCUCUGAGAAUUUGCUGUUGUAUACAGUUUGCUGGGUUCAGUUCUCUUUGAGUCAAUGAAGAAAGAAUGUUUCCUCACAAUGUAUAUAUUGAAUGUGUAUGUCUCAUCACUAAGAGACGGAAGACUAUCAUUUGCACACAUCUAUAAGCAAAAAACCCUGAAAACAAGCUCAUAGGACAAAUCAUGGCAGAUAUUAUUCAGUAUUUAGCGAUCAUUGUGAAGUGUUGUGCUACCAUCGCUUGGAAAGUGGAAUAUAUUGCUGCUAUUUUGCACAGCUGUGAACAAAUCUUUGAUGUUUUGCACAGUGAUAUGACAUAAUUGCUUGUGUCCCAGUGUUUCCUCUAUGGCACUGGAGUGUUUGCCAUUAUACGUUCGCAGUAAGUGUCAGCAAGUCUCACUCUAGGAUGAUCAUAUGUGGAUUCAAUCUUUUGUACAGUUCGUUUUUCAUGAAUGUCAACUAUGAAAUGUGAUAUUUAGAUGUGUGUGUUUGCCUGUGGUAUUGCACCGCAGUUGCAUUCACUCUCUCUACAUGUUAAGUAAAAGACCAAUACAGUAAUUGUUUAUGGUGACCAUGAUGAAAUAAAUCCAUACUCAUGUAGGAUCUCUUA